AUGGAUCCAGCGGUCAGUGGCAAGUCCAGUGUUACACCGGCCCCCUACGGCCAGGCAUGUACGAACUGUUCUCGAGCCAAGUAUCGAUGCAUCUACCGUUCCGACAGACGUGAGUGUGAAAGAUGCCACCGGCUCGAGAAGGAAUGUGUGCCAUCUGUCUCGCGGAGACUGGCGGGCAGGCGCUCGACGGGUCCUCGGACCGUCGACUUGGAGGAGAAGAUACAGGAUCUCAUGGCCCUUCUCCGGAAUCAGGCAGCGGGCGACGUUGAUUCUCAUGUUGAUCCGCCUGCCGCAUCCAUCGUCACCCCGGCGCCGAGCGAUGAGCUCCAUAGCAACCGAACGGUCGGUGAUUACGGCUCGGGUACCGGUAGCGGCAAGUCUUUUACUCCGGAGACAGCCGGCCCUGUCCACUCGGAGCCCGUGGCCCAAGGGGAUGGUGUCUAUCGUGCGAUAUUGCAAGCCGAGCGGGAGCCGUCUCUGCUCCUAUCCGCCUUUGAAAUCCGGCCUCACCAGGCAGAGGACUGUCUGGCCUAUUUCCAGACACACAUGCUCAACUCGUUCCCCUUCAUGUACCUACGCCCCGACAUAACUACCAGGCAGCUUCGCGAGUGGUACCCCUUCUUAUGGUUCAACAUUAUGGCUGUCACUGCCAAGCAGCGUGUGACGGACCAGGAGUCCUCCAUGACUGACAGCAUCAAACGUUUUGUGGCGCAGAAGACGGUGGUAGACAACGAGGCUAGUCUGGACUUGCUUUUGGGCCUGUUGGUAUUUAUGAACUGGUUCCAUUACCACCACAAAGGCAGGUCGUAUAUAAUUAUCAUGGUCGCUCUGGCAUCGUCACUCAUCAGCGACAUGGGGUUGAAUAAGGCUUCCCACGCAACGACCCAGGUCACCACUCCUUGCAACAACGAUCGACAAGUUCCACCCCAAGAUGCCAAAACUGCGGCAGGGCGACGAGCCGUGCUAGCACAUUUCCUCCUAGUCUCCCAAAUCUCUUAUGCUCAGAAGAAGAUCGACCCACCGGAGUGGACCUCUUAUCUAGACGAGUGUCUUCAAACAGUCACGCUGUAUCCCGAAUGGUCAGGGGACGAGCAGCUUGCAGCUCAACUUAAGGUACAAUUGCUGGUGGACCAGAUAAGUCGAGGUCCAUGGAAGAAUCAGGAGUAUCAACCCUCCAUAUCCUACACCAGUACACUCCAGGCGCAGUUGGAGAGGAUAAAGACCCAGCUCCCUCGAAGUCUCGGUCAAAAUGUCAACAUGACCUGUCAGCUUCUUUACACCGAGCUUGUUAUCCAGGACGCCAUAUUAACCAAGCAAGCAAUCUCACCACAUUUCCCAAACUACCAGCGCCAGCAGCUGGUCGAGACGCACCUUACAACCAUUAUGCGCUGCUUCGACUCAUUUUUUGCUAUACCUUCUGAUCAGUUUCCAGGUGUGAGCUUCAUUCGCUGGUGCCAGAUGGCACAUGACCUGAUACUUCUGCACCGCCUGUACGUGCUUGACGAGCCCUCCUGGGACCGCGCGGCGGCGCGCGAACGUGUCGACCUGUUCAAUCUGUGUGACCGUCUAGUGCGGCUUUUGGGAGAGACCGCGGCGAGCUGCGGGAGCACGCCGGGCGGGGACGACAACAUAUUCAUAAGAUUCUCACGGAUGAUCUGGUCCAUGUGCAGUACUUGGUGGGCAGAGUUGCAGUCCACAGAACGGAUACAGCAGACUGGUAGUAACCAACGGCAGCUCCAAGGCCCGUGGUCGGGCCCAAAUAUGGAUACUGACUUUGGUGUCAUGAGUGGUGCUACGAAUGGAGGGUACUCGGCCGUGGCACACCCUUUCACUCCGCGGGCUGAUGAUGCGUGGUUGGAUGAGAUUUUCAAUAUGGAGUAA